AUGGAUCAACACGAGACGCUCACAAAGGCUCCAGAUGAAGCCGACGUCCCAGGCCCCAGUUCAUCGUCCCAGCACCAUCACAGGCCCCGUCACCAAGACCCCACGCCCACCGUGGGGGGCACCAUCACCAGCGUGAGGCCCAUCCUCAUGCCAGCUCUCACCAUAGUAAAUCGCACUACCAAGAUGAACACGCCGCCGAAUCCCACCACGCUGGGAACCCACGUCACCCUACCGAGGCCCACCACCACGGUAGGGUCCACCAUCACCACAGGUCCCGUCACCACGAAGGGACUGUCCACCACGGAGAGAUCAGUUCCCACCAGCCCACCGACCGUCAUCCGCCUCCUGAGCAACACCCCAGCGAGUCCCACCCCCGUGAGCAUCCCCACCACGCCGAGCGUGUCCACCACAGCGCGCCCCCGCAUCGAGAGCAGCGCCCCGCUGAGCCCCAGCAGCAGCGCGCUCAAGAGCUCGGGCAAGCCCAAAUACCCACACCAUACGCCGGAUCACCUGCAAACUGCCCAGGCCUUCAACAAAGUCCACCCCCUGGCCGCUUUCUCCCCCAGCACAGCAACCAGACGCACCGAGGAGCAAUUUCUCAAACACAAGCAGCCUCGGAACCAGCACCUUCACAGAAGACUGCGCUCGGAAGGCCUGUCCCAGCUGCUGUGUAAAAACUUGUGCAACUGUAUCCAGUGGCUUCGGAAGAGGAUCCUGUUCCUGGUUGAUUCCCUGGCCUUUGAGAUCUUCAUCUUCCUCAUCAUCACCCUCAACACCAUCAUGAUGGUAGCCCAGACCUUCGCCGAAGUGGAGAUUCGGGGUGAAUGGUACUUCACGGCCAUAGACACCUUAUUCCUCUCCAUCUACGUAGUGGAAGCCAUGCUGAAGAUUAUAGCCCUGGGCUUCUCUUAUUUUUCGGACCCCUGGAACAAGCUAGACUUCUUCAUCAUGCUCACGUCUGCACUGGACUUCACACUGGCUCAGUUGAAACACACCCUCUCCCACAGCAUCUUCAACCAAAACAUCUUCCGAAUCUUCAAGGUCCUCAAGAGCCUGAGGGCACUGAGGGCCAUCCAGGUCCUACGGAGCUUCAGGAUCCUGCGCAACCUCCAGGAAGUGACAGAGACACUGGCCGGGUCCUUGCCGUCCAUCACAGCUAUCCUCAUUCUCAUGUUCACCUGUCUCCUCCUCUUCUCUGUGGUGCUCCGGGCCCUGUUCCGUCACUCAGACCCCAAACGCUUCCAGAACAUCUUCACCACCGUCUUCACGCUCUUCAUUAUGCUCACGCUGGAUGACUGGUCCUACAUCUACCUGGACAGCUGGGCCCAAGGCGCCUGGUACAUUGUUCCCAUCCUCAUGAUUUACAUCAUCAUCCAGUACUUCAUCUUCCUCAACCUGGUGAUUGCCGUCCUGGUGGACAACUUCCAGAUGGCCCUCCUCAGAGGCCUGGAAAAAGAGAAGCUGGAGAGGGCUGCCCGGACCCAGGAGAAGCUGCUGGACGACUCGAUGACAGAGCUCAACAAAGCAGAUGCUGAAGAGAUGAGUGAAGAUGUCCUACAUAAUCAGCUCAUGGAGAAGAAGUUUGGGGAUAUGACUGACAAGCAGAAGGAGCUACUGUUCCAUUUCCUACAGCUGGUGGCUGGAGUGGAGCAUCUUCAACUGAAGUUCCGGUCCCAGGCAUGUGUCAUUGAUGAGAUUGUGGACACCACCUUUGAGGCUGGAGAAGAGGACUUCAGGAAGUGA